AUGGCGGGGGAUGCUUUGGCUGCCCGAGCCCUCAAAUGGAAAGCUAGGAACUAUACGGAGGAUCUUCCAGACGAUAUCGGUCCUUUCCGAGAGCUUUUGGAAAAUUACAGCAAUAUCCCACCUGAAAAGCGCGACAAAGGCUGGGCCAUUCAUCGCUACCCGUGUAUCGGGCGCUGGUCCUUCACCAAUAUAAAAGGGCUAGACCAUCCCUCGUUCCAGGCCAUCGUCAAGCGACUUAAGCAACCUGGUUCACAGGAUGCAUUCCUCGAUGUAGCCUGCUGCGUCGGACAGGUCCUGCGCAAAUUAGCUUUCGAUGGCGUCGAUCCGGCCAGACUCUAUGGGACAGAUCUCUCCCCAGAAUUUAUAGACCUCGGCUUUGAACUUUUCAAUGAUCGUGAGAAGUUCAGACCUGAUUCAUUUGUUGCCGCCAACAUGCUUGACCCUAGUGAUGAAGGGUCAAAGAUGUUGGACGGUAAGGUCACGCUUAUUAGCGCGGGGAACUUUUUCCACUUGUUUGACUGGGGCCGACAAUUGUUGGCUGCGACAAGGAUGAUCAAAUUUCUGAAACCAGGUGUUACAGAUGCGGUUAUCCUCGGAGGCCACAUUGGUAGCUCAAAGCCAGGCAGUUUCACUACGGUGACCGGAGACACACGGUUUUUACAUAACCCCGAGACGUUCCAAGAGCUGUGGGAUGAGGCUGGCAGGACGACAGGGACGAAGUGGAAGCUUUCCUGA